AUCGUGUUUCUUCAAAAUAAUCUUUAAUAAAGUUCUCGUUUUUUAUAUAUUUUUCUUUUUAGUUUUUAUCAAAACUUUAUUCUUUUCCUCUUGCUUUCUCACCUUUAAUCUUUUUAGAACUUUAUUGCACCUCGCUGCGCUUGGUGAACCCUCUUAGCACAAAAAAAAAUAUUUUUUUUUCCUGCCGUUUUUUUUUUCUAGAUAAUAAAUAAUAUCUAUCUAUCUAUAUAAACAACUCAAAAAAUCACCAACCAACAGUAAUCACAGCUCCUUCAUAAAACACCACAAACAUGAACGCUUACUCUAUUAAUCAAGUACAACAUACCGAGGCUGUUCAGUAUUAUUCUGUGGGAGCAGAAGAUAUUUCUCCCGCUAAUAUGAACCCUACUCAGCUAUCUUUAGUCGAAGAAAUCCAGCAUGAACCUCAACUCCUAGUUGUCAAACAAGAAGAUAAUAUUCAAGGUUCUCCUCAUGACAGUCAUGACAGUCACGAUAGUCACGACAGUCACGACAGUUCAAAAGAACACAGUCCGUCGCCUUCAGUUUCGAAAACAACAUAUACUUGUCACGUAUGCAGUAAAAAGUAUAAACACCGAAACUGUUUAGUCAAACACUUGUGGGAACAUCACGAAAGCUGGGAACUAUGUCUUAAGUUCAACUUGACUAAACACCAGCAGGUUCAGAUGAUGGAGGCUGCGCAAAUCCUCGUUGAUCUUGCUUGUAUAAAACAACAUUAAUCAAUCAUAUCCCCCUUACCCUUUGUAUAUUUACCCUCUCUUAUAUUUUAAUGCACCAAGGGCGAUUAGCAUAGGCAGUAAAUAUUAUUACUUGAACAAUUAUUUUAUUUUAUUUUUUUUUUUUCCUUUUACUUGCCUGCUUUAUUCAUUCCGCCAAAUUGGUUUUGUUUCAUAUUACAUUGCUUUAUAUUUUUUUUCUUUGUUUAUUUUUCAUAUAUUUUUUUUAUUCAUAUAGCUUUACAAGAGGGAUAUUGGACAGUCAUUUUUAGAGCUAGAAUAGUGCUGUCCUACUUGUAUAUAAGAAUUGUCCCUUAUAUUAUCAUAACGAUAAUUGGGAUAAAUUAGAUUCCUCUUGUAUUUGCUGCUUUAUAUUUUACUUUAUUAUUUGCUUUCUUUUUCCUAAUAUUUUUUUUACUUACUAUUAUUACUUACUACAUUUUUUUUUUUUU